AUGGCUUGCCGCUUUGACGUCGACGGCAACUACAUUGGCGCGCCGCCACCGACGCCGGCGCCAGGGACGCUACCGUCGGUCGAAGACCUUCUGUGUACACCGUCGUACUGCAUCGCCAAGUACGCGCGCCUCGUGCACGAAGCGCGGGUGCUUCUCGCGGUCGCGGACGCCGGCACGGCGCUGGACGUGCUCUUUGGAUACACCACGGAGCAGGUCGCCGACUACAAGCGCUGCUACGCAUUAGCACAGGCCGCGAAAGGACGCAUUGCCGACACGUUUUGUGUGCCCGAGUACGUCAUGCGGGUGACGGCCAUCGACAAAGUCGAGGCGAACCUGCGAUUGCUGGAUGCGCGGGUCCGCGCCGAGCUCGCAACGCUCGACGCGCUGCGCGAGAAGCUGCAGGCACUCGCCGAUAUGAACCACAACGUCGCGCAGCAACUCGAGAUUGCGGGUGCGCACAGCCUUGCAGACGCCAAGGGCCACUUGGCGACGAUCGAGACCAUUCUCUUGGAGCGCGUCGAGAUGUUGGUGAAUGGCAAGAUCCCGCUCGUGCACUUCUUUGGAGAUGCGUGCUGGCCAGCGUACGCCACGGGUCUCGCGCCACGUUCGACCCAAGAGAGCCAAAUGCACGAGAGCAGCGACGUAGCAGAGACAGAGUUCCACACCAAGGCGCCCGACCACCUCCCGUCGUCGUCUCUGUCAUCGAUCUCGAGCAUGACGCCAAACGCUCCGCACGACGAAGACACUAGCAGCGGCUCGAUGACGGUCAUGUCCGCCUCGGAAAGCCUGUAG